AUGGCUGUUUUAGGUAAACCGUAAGUGUCAAUACGAAAUGAUUCAUUAGAAAAACUUAAAUACUAACUUAUCUAAAGAAAAGGACAUAAUCGUUAUCGUGAUCCAAAGACAUUCGAAAUGACUCCAGCGUUAUUACGACUUAGGGCUCCAUUUUUUGCUAGAAACAUGAUUGGUUUGGCUUUAGCUACUUCUAUUCCAUUAGGUGUAUACUUCUACACAGUUGAUAUGUUGAGUAAGGACGAAUUCAGUGAUAUUCCAAUCCCUCCAAUUGCAGAUGACGAAUUAGCUAAGUUGAAGAAAGAAUACGAAGACAAGAAAAAUUCAUCUUGA